AUGUCUCCAGGUCAAAGUGUUGGUCCUCCACCAGUUCCACCCACCGCCGUACCAGGCAGUGUGAGGCUGGUGAAUGGUGGAAGUCGCUGUGCUGGGAGAGUGGAGGUUCUUCAGGAUGGUCAGUGGGGAACAGUGUGUGGUCGUGGCUGGGAUAUGAGAGAAGCUGCAGUGGUGUGUAGAGAGCUGGGCUGUGGGGAGCCUGUAAAUGCACCACAAUAUGGUGAAUUUGGAGCGGGAUCAGGAACAAUCUGGAUGGUUUAUGUGUGGUGUAGAGGAUCAGAGUCGACACUGAAGAACUGUAGAUCAGAUGGGAGGGGGGAUUACUGUGGUCACGGUCGUGAUGCUGGAGUCACCUGUUCAGACGGUGUGAGGUUGGUGAAUGGUGGAAGUCGCUGUGCUGGGAGAGUGGAGGUUCUUCAGGAUGGUCAGUGGGGAACAGUGUGUGGUGAUGACUGGGAUCUGGACGAUGCUGCAGUGGUGUGUGGAGAGCUGGGCUGUGGGGGGCCUGUAAAUGCAACACAAAAUAGUGACUUUGGAGCGGGAUCAGGACCAAUCUGGCUGGUUGGUGUGCAGUGUAGAGGAUCAGAGUCGACACUGAAGAACUGUAGAUCAGAUGGGAGGGGGGAUUACUGUGGUCACGGUCGGGAUGCUGGAGUCACCUGUUCAGGCAGUGUGAGGUUGGUGAAUGGUGGAAGUCGCUGUGCUGGGAGAGUGGAGGUUCUUCAUGAUGGUCAGUGGGGAACAGUGUGUAAUGAUUACUGGGAUACGAGAGAAGCUGCGGUGGUGUGUAGACAGCUGCGCUGUGGGGAGCCUGUAAAUUUUCGGUAUAAGGCUCACUUUGGACGAGGAUCCGGACCAAUCUGGAUGGAUGAUGUGAACUGUAGAGGAUCAGAGUUGACACUGAAGAACUGUACAUCAGCAGGGUUGAGGAAAAAUGACUGUAAUCAUGGUGCAGAUGCUGGAGUCACCUGCUCAGGAAAUGAUCCUGAGAACGAGGAUGAUGCUGUUCCAGCUGAUCAGAGUACAGUUAUAGUGACAGACGGUGUGAGGUUGGUGAAUGGUGAAAGUCGCUGUGCUGGGAGAGUGGAGGUUCUUCAGGAUGGUCAGUGGGGAACAGUGUGUAGUCUUGCCUGGGAUUGGAAAGAUGCUGCAGUGGUGUGUAGAGAGCUGAGCUGUGGGGAGCCUGUAGAUCUGCGGUUUUGGACUGGGUUUGGGCGAGGAUCCGGACCAAUCUGGAUACACGAUUUGUACUGCAGAGGAUCAGAGUCAACACUGAACAACUGUAGCUCACAAGGGGGACACGUCUGUAAUCAGAAUACUAAUGCUGGAGUCAUCUGUUCAGGUCACAUAAGGCCGAGACUCUCUGCUGGUCCUCACCGGUGCUCUGGGAGAGUGGAGGUGUUUCUUGGACGUUCCUGGUCCACAGUGUGUGAUGCUGACUUUGACCAGCAGGAUGCAGAAGUUGUGUGCAGAGAGCUGGGCUGUGGGAUUCCUGUGGAGGUGCUGGGAUCAGCUGCUUUUGGCCGAGGGGAGGGUCAGGUGUGGACAGAGGAGCUUCAGUGUAGAGGAAACGAAUCUGAGAUUUACUUCUGUCCAACAUCAUCUUCAUUCAAACACUCAACCUGCUCCCAUGACAACAAUGUGGGAUUAAAAUGUUCUGCUCACACAGGGGCGCGGCUGGUGAACGGACCGGACUCCUGUUCCGGUCGAGUGGAGCUCCAGUACCUCAGUGAGUGGGGCACAGUUUGUGCUGUAAGCUGGGAUAUGAGAGCUGCAGAUGUUCUCUGUGCACAGCUGGACUGUGGGAGUGCUGUGGUGGAGGUUGACUGGUUUGGGAAUGGGAGUGGCCGCAUCUGGGCUGAUGUGUUUGAUUGUCAGGGGAAUGAGACACACCUCUCACAAUGUGGCAUCUCAUCAUGGAGUCGAGCUGCAUGCUCUCAUCAACACGAUGCUGGAGUCAUCUGUAAUGGAUCAUCCGUGGCGUUUCAUGAGGGGCGAGUGCGGUUGUCUGGAGGGAGCGAGUGUCAGGGGGAGGUGGAGAUUUAUUUCAGGCAGGACUGGAGGAGAGUUCUCCAGGACUUGUGGAGUCUGUCUGAGGCGUCUGUGCUCUGCAGACAGCUGGGCUGUGGCUCUGUGCUGAACUACCGCUCCUCUCCAUCCACCACUGAACACAAACACAUGUGUGUAACGGGCUUCAGCUGCUCUGGGACUGAAGCUCAUCUGGGGAACUGCAGCAGAGCACUAAAUGUCAGCUGCAGCUCCGGGGAACAGCUGUACAUCACCUGCUCAGGUAAGUUUAACUCAGACCCCAGGUCCAUCAGGCUGGUUGGUUCUGGUGGAGACUGUGCAGGAAGGCUGGAGGUUUUCCACAGCGGCUCGUGGGGGACAGUGUGUGAUGACUCAUGGGAUAUUGAGGAUGCGCAGGUGGUGUGCAGACAGCUGCAGUGUGGAGAGGCCCUCAGUACCCACAUACCAGCCUGGUUUGGUCCUGGAACUGGGUCCAUAUGGCUGAAUGAGGUGGAGUGUGAGGGGAACGAGACGUCCCUGUGGAACUGCAGAUUUCAGCGGUGUGAAGAGGGUGAAUGUGGACACCAGGAGGACGUAGGAGUCGUGUGCUCAGAGUUUAAAGAGAUCCGACUUACGGAGGGCUGUGAGGGGAAUCUGGAAGUGUUCUACAAUGGAACCUGGGGUAGUGUGUGUCACAAUCAGAUGGAUGAUGAGACAGGAAACAUGGUGUGUCGAGAGCUGAACUGUGGAAGACGUGGCAGUCUGUCAAACACUGCAGCGAGAGUAAAAUCUGCUCCGAACUGGCUGGAUUAUCUGAAGUGUAGGAAACACGACUCUAAUCUGUGGCAGUGUCCAUCUUCACCCUGGGGACAGAACCGCUGUGAUAAUGGUGAUGAGGUGGUUCAUAUUACCUGUACAGGUGGGUGGAUUCAGACUUUUCUGCUUCUGUCCAUUGCCAUAAACUGCAGUUGCUCUUCAUUUCCCUCUCAGAAACAUUGCUCAAAGCGCUGGUCUCUCAGGCUGAGGGAAGUUAAGGGAAGCUGCUCUGGGAGGUUGGAGGUGUAUCAUAACGCUACGUGGGGCUCCGUUUGUGAUGAUCAGUGGAACAUCAGGAACGCUCAGGUGGUGUGCAGACAGCUGGGCUGUGGGUCGGCGCUGAGAGCUGAGAGGAAUGUUACUGGUUCUGGUGAAGGGACAAUCUGGCUGAACAGAGUGAAGUGUCGAGGGGAUGAGAUUCACCUGUGGGACUGUCAUCAUUCCCUGAAGAACCACACUGACUGCUCUCAUGCUGGAGUCACCUGUGCAGACAUAUCCACUGUGUCCAUGACAAUACCCAUCACCAGCACCACCACCACAUCAGGUCUGUAUAUUUGUUCCAGUACAAUAAUUGCUACUGUUCAAGCCACUCAAACUCCUCCAUCAGCUGGAGCUCCAUCCAGCCCUCCACUGGUUCUCUUUGUGUUGGGAACGCUGCUCUUCCUGGCCUUAGUGCUUCUGCUGCUCCUGUUUUACCAGAACAGAGCGCUCAGGAGAGAUGUCUCUAAGACGAGGCAUAAGACUCAGCCUGAGGCAGUCUAUGAGGAGAUCAACCACAGAUCCAUCACUAGAAGAAGUAGGAGCUCCACUCAAAGAGGAAGUCUCCUCUCUGAAGAACAGCAUUCUGGGUAUGAGCAUGUGGAUGAUGAGCUUCUCUCAGUCAAGUCUGGGAUUGGAGAAAAGGCGGAGUAUUAUGAUGAUGUCAUCAACACCAGUGACUUCAUAAGUGAUACAGGAAGAGUCGAGCCACCAGAGGACUACGAUGAUGCCGUCACUGCUGGACCAAUCCCUGAUAACGUGGAGGAGGAUGAAGCGGAGAAUUAUGAUGACACCAUUCCAGCUGAUCAGAAGUCAGUUAUACUGACAGAGGACGUGUCCGAGAACUAUGAUGAUGCAGUUACCAUGGAAACAAACCCAAUCAUCAUCACAGGAGACGGUCCAGAAGAUUAUGAUGAUGUCAUCACUGAGGAACAGGAUGGAGGAGAGACAGAAAUCACACAGCUCAGAGCCGGGAGGAGGAGCUCUGUUCAUCAGUCACACACUUCAGAGCCGGGAGGAGGAGCUCUGUUCAUCAGUCACACACCUCAGAGCCGGGAGGAGGAGCUCUGUUCAUCAGUCAAACACCUCAGAGUCGGGAGGAGGAGCUCUGUUCAUCAGUCCCACACCUCAGAGCCAGGAGGAGGAGCUCUGUUCAUCAGUCACACACCUCAGAGCCGGGAGGAGGAGCUCUGUUCAUCAGUCACACAGCUCAGAGCUGGGAGGAGGAGCUCUGUUCAUCAGCACUGA